AGUCGAAGCUUCAUAAGCCAAAAGAAAGUUGUUGAUAUUUCGAAUCCCUAGUAAUUUGUGUCUACGUGACCUCGAUACACUUACGCGACUUCGAGUGUAUUUCGAUUUGUGUGUGAAAGAUUUUUGUUGCAAGCGAGCGCAUCGCAUCCAUUCGCGUCGGCCAUUUUAGUAAUAAUGUUUAUAAAUGAUUACGAAAAUAUAAUUGUGUGUUUUUAAUUUUUCUAAUGAAGUAAUCAGUUCCCGUAAUUCGAGUUGGUGAAAAUAAAAGGAUUGAAGUGUUGGCCAGAAUGGUGUAAUAGAGUGAAAUUGUUGCGAGUUGAUUUUGUGAAUCGCGUGUGAUUUUAAAAAGAUGAUGUCUGCUGCCGGCGAGGAUGCUGGGUGCUCUUCUGGGGGCGUCUCCAUUCAAGUGUUUCGCCCAACAUGGGAAGAGUUCAAGGAUUUCAACAAAUACAUCCAAUAUAUGGAGUCUAAAGGAGCCCAUAAGGCUGGGCUCGCAAAAGUGAUUCCACCACCAGAAUGGGUGCCUCGUAAGUCUGGGUAUGACUUGGAUCAGCUCAAUGUGACCAUUCCGUCGCCGAUAUGUCAGGUGGUAACCGGCAAACAAGGUUUGUUUCAGCAGAUAAAUAUUCAGAAGAAGUCUAUGACUGUUAAGCAGUUUGCCGUGAUGGCGAACUCCGCCAAGUAUUGUACACCGCGCCACUCGAGUUUCGAUGACUUGGAGAGGAAAUAUUGGAAGAAUGUGACUUAUGUUGCUCCAAUUUACGGAGCAGAUGUGAACGGUAGUAUCACAGACCCGGACGUUCAAGAAUGGAAUAUAAACCAUUUGGGCACAAUCCUCGACUUCGUAAACUCUGAUUAUGGGAUAGAAAUUGAUGGUGUGAACACUGCAUACUUGUAUUUCGGUAUGUGGAAAACAACUUUUGCCUGGCACACGGAAGAUAUGGAUUUGUAUUCCAUAAAUUACUUGCAUUUUGGAGAUCCUAAAACUUGGUACGCUAUCCCUCCCGAACAUGGUAAGAGAUUUGAGAGAAUCGCUGCAGGGUUCUUCCCAACAUCGGCUAAAACCUGUGCCGCAUUCCUAAGACACAAAAUGACAUUGAUAUCUCCUCAGAUACUGAAACAAUACUCUGUGCCCGUUAAUAAAAUUACACAAGAAGCUGGUGAAAUUAUGAUUACGUUCCCAUAUGGCUACCACGCUGGGUUCAACCAUGGGUUUAACUGUGCCGAGUCAACAAAUUUUGCAGCUCCGAGAUGGGUUGAAUACGGCAAACGUGCAACACAGUGCACUUGCAGCAAUGACAUGGUUAAGAUAUCCAUGGACACAUUUGUGAAAAGAUUCCAACCAGAUCGUUAUGAACUAUGGCUCAAAGGUCAGGACAUUGGCUGCCACCCAGAACAGCCUGAAAAGAUGGUGCCAGCCCCUCACCCAUCAGGCCAGGAUAUCCUCUGUAAUAAAAAUAAUACUGAACUACCAGAGUCCUUCAUCGAAGCUGAAGUGGAAGGUCUAAAGAAAAAGAAGAGGCAUCCACUGCAUUUGAAACGGGCGAUGGCCAGUAAAAGCAUAUCUGAAGGGGCUAUUGCUGUGUCCAUCCUGGGGCAUGACGUGAUGGAUGAUGAUGAAAUGACCAUGGCAGAGGGUGACCUAGAUAUGAUGACUUCAAUGAAAAGGCCCAUUUUGCCCAUGGAACCAGAUGACACGCAACUGGAUGCUCUAGAAGAUAUCUGGUUGAAAGGUGAUGAAAUGGAUCCUUCCGAAGCCCAACUACCAGAUACUGGGUACAUGGACUCAGAUAAGGAUUCAGAUUAUGAGGAACCCAAAUCUAAAAAGAAAUCUAAGAAAAAACGCGAAGACAGCACUUCUAAGAAAGAAAUUAGGGUGAAGAAGGAAAAAGGAGAGAUUGACAAAGCUGCUACCACAGAUGGUGGAGAAGAAAAAAAGAAAGAGAAGGCCACUCCUAAAAAAGGAGGCAGGAAGGUCAAAACAAAGAAGUUGUCUGAAGAACAGCUCGAGGAUAUGGCUGCAGUAGUGUCCAAUUGGGAAUCGCCACCUCAUGAGGAAGCAUCUGCCACCAGUCCAGCUGAAAAGAAAGAACCUGAUCCACUGUCUGUUACAGUUCCUGCCCCCCCUAUUGUAGCAAAGGAAGUCCCAACAAAGAAGAAGGAACCAAAGAAACGAAAAUCUUUGGAAAAAGUUGAGAAACCGAAAAAGGAAAGAGUUAAAAAGGAACCCAAAGUCAAAGAGCCGAAAAAGACUGAUGAAGAAGGCAAGAAAGAGAAGAAGCCACGUAAGCCUAGGACACCGAAAAAGGUACCCAAUUUCCAAUACAAUUCACCUAUUGAACCUAUUAUGCAAAGGCAACAGAAAGCAUAUCAAUCGCCUUUCUCAAGAAAUGAAACUCCGGGGAGCAUGUCUGUAACAGCGUCCAACACUGCCACUGGUACCACCGCCAAACCGACUACCAGUACCAUGGUCUCAACACUAAAAUCUUAUCAACACCCAUCUUCAUCUUCCUCUAAUAAAACCAGCCCACCGAAAUCGCCCACAAAAACAUAUUCUAGUUUACUACUCGAUGCUAAUCUAAGAGUACCAGCGAUAGUUCCUCCGGUAGACAAGAACCCAAAUGCUUUCCAAGGUGAAUUCCAAAAGUUCAUGGCCAACAAACCACAAAUAACACCGAGUCCACCGCCACAGAGACACUGUAGAAGUAUACCGAAACCGAAAACUAAAUCAGUACCAAAACAUGACAAGGUUGUAGUAGAGCCCCUGGAUUCACAAGAAGUGGACUAUCCGAUGCCGGUAGGGCAGUACAAUGACAGUAUAUUCCUAAAUCAGGCUCCGUUAGACUACAGAAUGUACUCGGAUCCGAAUCAGAGACUCCAACCGCAGCAACAGCAGCCUGAACAGCGGUGGAGGAACGACCAGUCAUCACACUACGCCCAGAACACCUUAUUAAACAUCCAACAAAUGUACGGACAGAUGAACACAGAUUACUAUAGAAGUCCCUACCAGUCCCCAUGGUACAACUAUCAGGAAUACCAAGCAUGCCUGAACGUGCUGACGAAGCAGGAGUCGUCUCCGAGCGUGGAGAAGGAGGAAGUUAAGGUUGAAGUGGAGAGGUUCAUCGACCUCGCGCGCCAAAUGGAGGCAUUUUUCUUGCAAAAGAGAUUCCUUCUGUCAGCGAUGAAGCCUGAGUUGCUGGUGAAGGAAGACAACAACGAGCUGAAAUGUGAGCUUCAGAGGAAGGAGGAACUGCUGAAGAGGCAUUACGACAAGAUAAGUCAGUGGCAAAACCUGCUCGCCGAUUUACAGGGUCACACAGUAUACAAGCAAGGGUCCCAGCCGUCCAUCCAACAGGCCGCCUCGUCGCCCCGGCAGCCGCCGAGCGUGCAACAAAGCGUUCAGGCGCAACAGAUAGCAGCAGCGGCGGCUGCGCAACAGGCCGCGUUGCAGCAACAAGCAUUACAGCAACAACAGGUACCGCGCCCCGCGCUCCCCCCCGCGUACCCCGCCACCGUCCCGAGGCGGUAGCGACUAUGUUUUUUUUUUCUUUUUGAUUGUGGCAAUCGAAACGUAUGAGUUACAUACAUACAAACAUAUCAUCAUCAAAAGACUGAAAGGCCACGUUAAGCUGUUAGGUUCAAUAAUAGAAUUGAGAUUCAAAUAGUGACAGGUUGCUAGCCCAGCGCCUUAAACGGUAAUCCCAGUAUGUAGCCUAUCCCUUAUUCGCCUCUUACGACAUCCAUAGGCAAGAGUGGUCCUAUUCUUUUUUCUAAUGGUGCCGGGAACCACACGGCAUAACAACAAAUUUUAUUCAGACAAUUUGCCUGAUAUUUAAAGUCACCCGAUAUUGUAAUAGAAGAAUAUUAAAUAUGUAAUAGUAAGUCGUUGACCAGAGCCAAAACUAAAAAUUACUUAAAAAAUAUUUAUAUUGCAAAACAACGUUUGCCGGGACAGCUAGUUUUGUAUAAAAAAUUAAGUAUUCCAUAUUGUUAGUAUGUAAGUCGUAAUUAUAAAUAACAACAGCAGGUUAUUCUCAAAA